CCGAUCUCGAUCUCUUUCUCGAGAAAAAACGCGAUCUCGAUCUCGUCCGCCUGUCGGAGUCAACACCAACGGCGGCGCUGCUUCUCGAGGACCCCGCGGCCGAGCCCCAUCCACUCGCUCCCUGUGCCUUUGCCUCGACGUGCGCCUCCACAAGCCGUCGCUCCCGCCACCGCCUUCCCUACCAUGUGCUCCCCGGGCGACGCCCUCGAAUCCUCUGCGGGCGCCCACCCUCGUGCCGGCCCCAAACCCUGCCAGUAUCCUAACUAGAUGUCCUCUCUAGAACGGGCGGUUAGCGAGGAUGCUGGUGAUGCACGGGGCCUGCUCGAGAAUUUCCAGGUUGAGCUAGUUGCGGUUGUCCCACCGGCAGACCAUCUUGUCAUUGUAGUGCUGCUCUUUGUGAUAGGGCAUGAGCAGGACGUCGGCACGAACCUCGUCCAGACAGCGGCGGAUGGUCUUCAGGAAUCCUGUGGCUGCAGCAUAGUGCGCCCUUACCCAUGAUGGUGAUUACCACUGUGACGAUCUUCCUCUAUAUUCGGGACGAUGGUAGGAGGUGGAUUCACAUACCCCCUGGGCGCCUCUCCACCGCUGCACCCCAUUUCCCUUCCUAAGGAGCAAGCUGCACAAGAAAUUAAUUGGAACCAAGAUACUCAUCUUUAAUUUAAUAGUAAGGGGUUGAGACUUGGACAAACAAGAACAAGAACAAUUUAUUAUCAAGAUAUCUGCUAUGCAAAUCUACAACGAGAUCGUCAAGGAUCUUCUACGGCCUGACUCUGGCCCCCUUCGCUUGUUAGAUGAUCCCGAGGUUUGCAACAGAAAGGAACCAUCGUGGACAAGUUGGAUGAAGGAAUCGCCAAGGACAGCCAGUAUCUAAGGCAUCUAAUAGCCAUUUGUGAAGGCACUACUACAUAUGCAUGUAUGUAUAUAUAUCCUACCAUAUGAGAAAGAAGAAGGUGGUGCAGUGAUAGUUACCUAAUGACCUUCCAAGUAACUGCAGAACAAAGACAGCUUGGUGAAACUGCACUAAGUGACACAAGUACACAUUCCCACCAAAUCAUUAGGCUGUUUAUAUCUAUAUCCAGACUGUGGAGAGUAUGCUCCAUGAAGCGCCAGGCCGUGUUAUAUCUUUUAUUGCUAGCUUGAAUUUCGUUGACCUUGCUUGAAGCGAGCGUGCUGCACAAACACAUGCUGUUAGUGCAAGGUUGAAAGAAGGCGCCAUAUUAAUCGCAGCUUGUUGACUUUGACUACUUUCAUCCGAAAGCUAAGGUUUAGAUUUCUUCUCAAAAACAAAAUUUCCACUUGUACAUCACAAGAUUGGAUAGAGCUCUCAACAAAUUAAUGGGCACUGCCUCCUAAUGAAUUUCAUGAACUGCAUGAUGAACAUAUUCUUGAUAAGCUACUCUUUUAAGUGAAAAGCUAAGGUUUCGUACUUCCAAUUAUUAUACAAUCUAAAUUGUUGAAGUAUAGGAUGAAAAUAUUCUUGCUAAGCAGAUUUUGUUAUUGUUGCACAAGUAGCUACAUCUUUUCAAAUGCAUAAAAUUGCUAAAAUGUCGUUCACAUUAUGUGAGUCAUACAUAUUGGUUUCUUGAUUUUAGUAGCAAAAUCUGAUGAUAACAUGUUUUAAACUUGCAUUGUAGCUCAGAGAAGAUAAGUUUCAAAUCAUAGGAUCCUCUGAUGACAUUUCUGCCAUACAAGCAAUAAGCUUUGAAGUCCGUAAUGUCAACUAUUGAGUAGCAACUAGGAAGAAUUAAGUGGCAAUGAACCUCUCUGAUAAUGAAAAAUUAUUAUCUGUAACCUUUCCUAUGUUGAUUACUUAUUCACUCUUUGUGAUUUAAGGCUCUUGUAUUAGUGUUUGGGCCGGUACUGGCAGCCUAUGUUGCACGGAUACUUCAGAAAGUGCGCGUAUCCAGCCGGAUACUGCCCCGAUACUCGGAUACUGCCCCGAUACUGCCCGAUACGUAUCCCGUAAGUAUCCUGUGAUUUAUUGAUUUAAAAUAAAGAAAAUAGUGUUUGAUACGUCUGGGAUACCUCUGGGAUACGUUUUGGAUACGGCAACCCUUCGUUCGACGUGAAAAACCGAAAACUCCUCGAUCCCCUCCUGGUGCCGCACGUCAUCAAUUCCCAGCUCGUCCCCUCGACUCCUUGGAGCAGGCGAGCAGUCGCAGCCCGCAGGUCUCCAACUCUCCAUAAAUUCUCAGCUCCAGUCCUCUCCUCCCCCACAUGUUCUUCUCUCCUUUUUCACUUCUGAACUCCAAUCCAAUCGACGCUGAUCGGUCGUCGGCUCGUCGCCGGCAGAAGACAUCCGUGUCUCCCCUGCAGGAGACCGGCCAUGUCUAGUAGGUCUUCUUCAGUUAGAACUGAAGCAGGCAGUGGAGGUAGCAUGGAUGCAGUCCAUGUAUUGGCUGCUGCUCGUGUGAUUCCGGAAGAUGAUAAUGAGAAGAAGCCUUUGUGGAGGUACGUCCAGACGUUGGAAAAUACUAGGAAAGGGAAAGGAGGCAACAAGAGAUCCAUGUGUAGGCUUUGUGAGUAUGUUAUCAAUGGUAGCUACUCAAGAGUAAAGGCACACCUUUUGAAGAUUCCUAACAUGGGUGUGAGUUCAUGUCAAAAGGUCACUGUCGAUGUUCUUGUUCAGUUGAAAGGUGAGCAAAAGAGAGCCGAUGCACUGAUUGAGAGCAAUAAACCUAGAGAAAUCCCACUGCCAACUGAAGGAUUUGGAGCAAAUGCAAGAAAGAAAAGGGGGGGUAAUCCAAUUGAGGCAUGCUUUGACAUGGAAGCUCGCAACCACCUUGAUGCAUUGAUCGCAAGGAUGUUUUACACAGCAGGGAUCCCAUUCAAUGUUGCACGUAAUCCUUGGUUCAGGGCAGCUUUCAUCUUUGCUGCCGGCCAUGCCAAUUCGUUGGCUGGCUAUGCCCCUCCAAGUUAUGAUAAGCUCAGGACCACUCUUCUGGUGCAAGAGAGGACACAUGUUGAUAGAAUGUUGAUGCCCAUCAAAUCAACAUGGAGCAGCAAAGGUGUGACUAUUGUUUCAGAUGGAUGGUCUGAUCCUCAAAGGCGUCCAUUACUUAAUUUCAUGGCUAUAACAGAAGAUGGGCCCAUGUUUCUAAGGUCAAUUAACACCGAGGGAGAGGUGAAGUCAAAGGAGUACAUCAGGGACAGGCUUUGUGAAAUUAUUGAGGCUGUUGGACCAGCAAAUGUUGUGCAGGUGAUAACAGAUAAUGCAUCAAACUGCAGGGGCGCAGGUCUGUUGGUGCAAGAAAGGUAUAAUCACAUUUUCUGGACUGCAUGUGUUGUGCACACUUUAAAUCUUGCCUUGAAGAGCAUAGGUUCAGCUACUAGCCAGGAUGACCCUCUUUAUGAUCAUUGCAAUUGGAUUAGUGAGAUUGCAGCAGAUGGCUUUCGCAUAAAACAUUUCAUUAUGAGUCAUUCCAUGAGGUUGUCUAUGUUCAAUGCUAGUAGUAAACUGAAAUUGCUUGCUGUGGCUGAUACUAGAUUUGCUUCUCAAGUUGUGAUGUUGAAGAGACUGGUACAAAUAAGACAAGCUCUAACAAUGAUGGUGGUGGGGCCAAAGUGGAAUGACUACAGAAAUGACAAUGUAGAAGGAGCACGAUUUGUGAAAGAAAAAAUACUGGAUGAUGAUUGGUGGAAUAAGGUUGAGUACUUCAUUGAAUUUGCAGAGCCAAUAUAUUCUAUGAUUAGAGCAGCUGAUACAGAUAAACCCUGCCUUCAUCUGACCUAUGAGAUGUGGGAUAUGAUGAUUGAGAAGGUGAAGGAAGUAAUAUACAGGAAAGAAGGUCUAGAACCCCAUGAAGAAUCCCCAUUCUUCUCUGCGGUCAAUGAUGUCUUAAUUUUUCGCUGGACAAAGAGUAGCACUCCGCUGCAUUGCUUGGCUCACUCGCUCAAUCCCAAGUACUACACUACAGCCUGGAUUAGUGAAGUUCCAGGCCGUCAAGCUCCACACAUGGAUCAAGAGAUUUCAGAUGAAAGAAAUGCAUGCUUUAGAAGAUUCUUUCCUCAUGGGGGCCCAGAAAUGAAUGAACUGAAACAGCAGUUUGCCAACUUCAGUCUUAUGGGUCCUGGAUUUAAUGGUUUCGACUCCAUUGAAGAUAGAUCUUUGCUAGAGCCGAAGCAGUGGUGGGGGAUUCAUGGAAAUUCUGCCCCGGCUUUGAGGACCAUUGCUCUGAAAUUACUUGGGCAACCAACCUCCUCUUCUUGUUCUGAAAGGAAUUGGAGUACAUAUGGCAUGAUACACAAUACAUUGAGGAACAGGCUCAACCCUGCACGUGCUGAAGAUUUAGUUUUUGUGCAUCAAAACUUGCGCCUUAUUUCAAGGAAAUCACCAGAGUAUAUAUCUGGCCCAUCCAGAUUUUGGGACAUUGGAGGAGAUAGAUAUGAGCUGUUCGUUGGUGGUGCUGACUUCCUGCAGCAAGCUGAACUAUCACUAGAUGAGCCUGAACUGGAGGACUUGCUGAAUGAAAUUGAAGCGUUGGAUGUGGAUUAGUGAGGUGGAUGAGAGAGCCUUAUUGAUUUGUGAGCUGGUCGUGAUGUGAACUUCAUUUUAUUUUGUGAGAACCUGAACCUAAAUUAUGAUAUUUAUCUAUCUAUGCGACUAUGUGCGUGUGAAUUUGA